AUGGCAGCCAUGGCAAGGCUUCUGGAAGCGGGAAGUGUUUCUCAAACCAUUGCAGAUGGAGUUGGCCACCCGAAAUUAGCUGCGCAAUAUAUUCUCAGAGAAUUAAGAGAGGCAGAUGAAGCAAAUCUUGUUGAUGAAGAAGAUAUGCAUGUAUUUGAUUUGAGGCCUAUGACAGAUCCUUUGCAUUUGGUGCGUUGCAAUGCUUGUAAGAGGCCAGUGAGGGCUAGCCAAUAUGCAGCUCAUGCAGAGAUUUGCAAGUCACUUAGUUUUUCAGAAGAACUUAUGUCAGAGCUUGAUGGUGGUAGAAAGAAAAAGAAACCUCCACGAAAGGAGAAGAAAAAGUCAUUAACUGCUUGUGCUGUACGGGAACAAGAAAGGCCUGUAUCAUUAAAUGCCAAUGACAGUGCUGCAUCAAAAUUCCAUUUGGAUGAGCAAAUUCAAGCAACAUCUUCCUUUGGCUUGGAUGCAAAAUGCAGAGAAUACUGCAAAGGAUCAAGUGCACAAAAUGAAAAGCCUUGUGGUCAUGAUGUUGGGUAUCAAGUUCAAAUACCUAGGCAAGUCCAUGGGUGUUGCUUACCUGCCGAAGCCAUAAAAUCAGAUAUUCCAGUUCCCCUUGCCACCAAAGUGUUCUAUUCUCAAAGUAAUCUUCGUCUGCGGUCUGCACUUAGUCAUCUUUAUUACGAGGCAUCAGCCAAGGAACAUUGCAGCGACUUGCUAAAGGGAAAUGCAAUGCCUUCAUGGAGUUCAACUCCUAACAACUUUUCCCAUGAGCAAAAUGAUGACCAGCAGGAAAAGAGGAUGUUUUAA